CACAAAGUCAGAAACCCCGCCUAUUUCUACAAUUUAUAUUCUUAAAAUUUGAUUUUAAAACCCUACUUUAACCCCACUGCUAACCCUGACCUUAAAUUAACAACAACAAAAAACACCAACAAUAUAAUAAUCAUGAAUAUUUACGAUAUAGAACAAUUUGGACAUUGUGGGUGUGGUAACCGAAGUAAACUAGCUAGCAUGCAAAGUCAUCAGAUGUUUAGUUAGUCAACCGAUCCACAAACUAUUGGAAUGUACGCAAUGUUCUUCUGAGAAAUAGACUUGUUGACAAGUCAAUUCAAUAACUUCACAGAGUGGCGGGGAUGUUGAAUCAAAAUGGGAAACAUUUUCACCAGAAAGAGACGCACACGAAUCACAGAGCAGGACAGGGCAGUUUUGCAACUGAAACAGCAGAGAGAUAAGUUAAAGCAGUAUCAGAAGAGAAUCACCCUGCAGCUGGAGAAGGAGAGGAAUCUAGCCAAGCAGCUGCUGAAAGAUGGCAAGAAAGAGAAGGCCCUCCUCUUGCUCAAAAAGAAGAGAUACCAGGACCAGCUCCUGGACAAGACAGAGAACCAGAUAAGUAACCUGGAGCGAAUGUGUCAAGACAUUGAGUUUGCCCAGAUUGAGAUGAAGGUCGUUGAAGGUCUUAAAGUUGGAAACGACUGCCUGAAGUCAUUGCAUGAGGCGAUGUCCAUCGAGGAUGUGGAGAGAAUUAUGGAUGAGACCCAAGAAGGCAUUGAAUACCAGAGGGAAAUAGAUGAGAUGCUGGCAGGUUCCCUGACACAGGAGGAUGAAGAUGCUGUACUGGCUGAACUGGAGGCCAUCACUCAGGGAGAGCUUGACCUACCCGAGGUACCUGAUGAGUCCCUGCCAGACGUCCCAGAGGCAGCUGAUGAAGAACCAGAGCCAGGUCAAGAGAGGGAGAGGCCAAGGAAGAAGCAGGAACGAGGGAUGUUGGCUGUCUAGGGGCCUGUCUUUUCGCCAGGUGACUCUGUGGGUCUUGGUACACCGGCCACUAUAUCCCCCUCAUAGGGGUCUCAUGCCCCCCCCACACACACAAAACCACAAAAAGAUUAUCUUCACCAUCUCUUCCAGUCCCUCGCCUCCAAUACUGAACUUCCUGGUGCCCUGCUAAGCCUUGGCUUUGUGAGCCCCAAUACUGCUUUAUAAUCCUCUUCUGGAUUCAACCACCCCAUCACUCCAACCAGGGUCAAGGACUUUAUUUUUCACAUCAUUGCCUGCAGGUUCUCCCAUUUUUUUUGUGCAUGUUUAGGGCCUAUUUAGACACAUUAAUGAAGAAAUUAGUGGUUUGAUUUAGAUAAUAUUGUGCCUAUUGCCUAAGUCCCGUGACUGGUAUGUUUUAAAAAAAAAUCUUCUGUGAACGAACAAAUUAUGUAAUUAACAGACAAAUUAAUGCAUGUGUCUUUUUUUUCCAUUUUUUUCUUACUUUUCAACCUUUUGUGGCUCAGGCCUACUAUCUGACCACAGAGCACAUUGUCUUUGGGAGGAAUAGACAUGCAAGACUGUCUUUCAAAAUCAUUACUGUUGGGAUGGCUUUCAGAAUCUUGCCUUGUCUUAGUUAAGAAUGUCUUGAUUGCUGCCAAACUGUCAAUAAUGGAUAUGACUUUGGCUUUGGUUUCAACUUGUUGAUUGUGGAGUAAAAUCCUUAGUAGUACUGACCUAUUUGCUAAAGCCUCCAUUUCAUGUAAAUUCUAUGUUCUUCCUCGCUGUGCAAAAGUUUAACUAAUCUAAUGCUCCAGUAGCGUUGGCUUGGGAAUUAGUUCAGUGUCAUUGGGGGAAAGGAAGGUCUAAUUGUAUUGUCAGUGGGCUUACUAACUUAACUCUGACCGAGCCUGAUGUCCUAGCUAUCCAGUGACUGUUAUGGUAUCAUAUUGGGUCUGUUUCACUAUGAGGUGUGAUUUUGGGUUGUUAUCUGUCUGGAUCUGUAAUAUGUUACUGGCAUAUCAUGAUAUUGGGUUGUUAUCUGUCUGGAUCUGUAAUAUGUUACUGGCAUAUCAUAUCAUGAUAUUGGGUUGUUAUCUGUCUGGAUCUGUAAUAUGUUACUGGCAUAUCAUGAUAUUGGGUUGUUAUCUGUCUGGAUCUGUAAUAUAUUACUGGCAUAUCAUGAUAUUGGGUUGUUAUCUGUCUGGAUCUGUAAUAUAUUACUGGCAUAUCAUGAUAUUGGGUUGUUAUCUGUCUGGAUCUGUAAUAUAUUACUGGCAUAUCAUGAUAUUGGGUUGUUAUCUGUCUGGAUCUGUAAUAUAUUACUGGCAUAUCAUGAUAUUGGGUUGUUAUCUGUCUGGCUCUGUAAUAUGUUACUGGCAUAUCAUGAUAUUGGGUUAUCUGUCUGGCUCUGUAAUAUAUUACUGUCAUAUCAUAUCUCGUAGCGCAUUAGGUAUUUAUCUGAAAUGGAGGGCCUACAAAUAAAAGAUAAGCACUAGCCAUAUUUAAUAGAAUAUGUAAGUGGCUUAUGAACCACUUUAUGUAUAGUGUAAAGUAAGUCUCUCUGAGACAGUGACACUCUUGAUAAUGACCGUGGUGACCAUUUCCCAGUGGUAUCAUAUUGACAGACCUGUGGCGUGUCUAUACGAAAUGUACCAUGUUGUAAUUCUGGAACAAUACAAAGUAUUUUUUUAAAGGUGCUGUUUGACCAGCGUGUUGUUAUUAACAAACACUAGGUGGCAGCAAAUAGCAGUUUAUGAUUUUACCUGUUGAUAAGCAAUACCUUUGCAUACAUUGGUUAGUAAACAUAUUGUGUGGAUUCGGA